GCCUCGCGCAUGCGCCGGGUCGGUUGGCGGGCUGCGGGAUGGGGCUGCUGCAGGACUGCCAGGCCGCGUUCGGCGCCGCCGACCUGUACGGGGCGCUGGGGGUGCGCAGGGAGGCCUCGCCCGAGGAGAUCCGCCGGGCCUAUCACCGAGCAUCGCUCCGCGUACACCCCGACCGCGCCGAGCCCGAAAACAAAGAGGAGGCGACGAGGCGCUUCCAGAUCCUGGGCAAGGCCUACGCUGUGCUGAGCGAUGCGGAGCUGCGCGCUGUGUACGACGAGCAGGGCACGGUGGAUGAGGAGGGAGAAGCGCUGCGAGCUGAGCGGGACUGGCAGGAGUAUUGGAGGCUGCUGUUUAAGAAGAUCACCAUCAAAGAUAUUCAGGACUUUGAGAAGAGCUACAAGGAUUCAGAGCAAGAGCUAGCGGAUAUUAAAUCGGCCUACAUGGAUUUUGAGGGUGACAUGGACAGGAUAAUGGAGUCGGUGCUGUGCGUGGACUACACGGAUGAGCCGAGAGUGAGGGAGAUCAUAGAAAAAGCCAUUGAUGCAGGAGAACUCCCUUCCUACAAAGCUUUUGUGAAAGAGUCCAAGCAGAAGAAGACAGCAAGGAAGAGGCGGGCUGAAAAAGAAGCUAAGGAGGCCGAAGAGAGCAGAAAAGAACUGGGCCUCGGUGAUGGAGAAGAUGACUUGAAAGCUCUGAUUCAAAGCAGAAAUAAAGACCGAAAAAAGGCAAUGGAUGACUUUUUGGCCCAGAUGGAAGCAAAAUAUGGGAGUCAGGCUAAAAAGGGAGGAAAGAAGACCGCAGCCAAGAAAGGAAAGAAAUAAAGGACUGUGUAUGCUGAAGUGUCAGGUAUCAUUGCAGUUGGGAACAUGUGGAUUUGGGAGAGUUUCGGAGUUUCUCUGGACUGCUGGUUCAGAGUGUGAGUGCAUCAACUUGCUGUGAUGCAGAAUGCAUUGUGAGCAAGGAAGACAAAGCGUUCUAGCGCUACUGUUUGAAGUCCUUUGGUUGCUUUUUAGUUAAGGUCAAACCAAUUCUUGGCUAAUAGUUUUGUUACAGUAAGGAAGCGCUGAGAUGCCUGGGAUGGCUGCCUCUAUGUUCAACUCGUGCUGAAUCAUGUUCAGGACUAUCAGUACUGCUAAGGGUGAAACAAUGCGAUCCCGCACCUCUCAGAGCCUUUGCCACUCGUUCCUGUGGCUUCUGAGUUACAAACCUUAUCCUUUUGUUGUUCACGCCUUUCUUUUCUAACCAGUCUUUCAGAGAUGUCACUGUUUCUAUAAAAACUUUUAAAAACAGAAGAUUUAAUAAAUGGUUUUGCAGAA